AUGAACCUCAUCCGCCCAACUCCAGAACAGCUAACCCUCCUCCGAAAACUGAACAAUGAAAACACUACUACCAACCCUCUUACUUUUUUUAGCGUCCCAUUUUUAGAUGCGAGAACGCUGCUAAACUUCCUCCGCCGAAGCAAAUUCUCCUUAGAACAAACUAAAAAGAGGCUUGAUACUUACUUCACCGUGAAAAACGCGUUUCCGGAGUUCUUCACCAAGAGAGACAUCACGCUGCCAGAGCUGCAACGAAUUUACGAAAUCUGGUCGUUCGCAGUUCUUCCGAUCUUGACCCCUCAAGGUAGACGCGUUACGGUGGUGAUGUAUCGUGGACGUAAUUUCCAAAUGGAAGAUACCGUCAACUUUUGUAAAAUAGUGCUAAUGAUGACCGAUAUUCGAGCUCAGGAGGAAGAGGGUGUUCACGAUAUUUUGGUCGUUGAUGCUGCGCCUGUCCAGCUGAAAAAUUUGGGCAAUGUGUCCCUCGUGGCAGUGAAGAGGUUCUUAUUCUGUGCACUGGAAGGGUUGCCGGUUAGAGUUAAAGAGUUCCAUGUGAUAAAUGCGUCGCCUCUUGUAGGUUUGGUGGUCAAAUGGGCGAGUCGUUUUGUCAAAGAUAAAGUAAUAAGGCGAGUUCAAAUUCACGAUAGUUUGGAGUCCCUGCACGAAUGUUUACCGAAGAAGUUCCUACCAGAGGAAAUUGGAGGUACUGCCGGGAAACUAGAGGAUUUUAUGCAACAGUGCUGGGUUACUUUGGAGGAACAUGUAGAGUGGUUUAAGGAGCAGGAAAAAUUUAAAUCAGAUGAGUCCAAGAGAGUGGGCAAAGAAGCUCCUUGUGGAAGUAAUUUCGGCCCGGAGGGGAGCUUCAGGCAACUGUCGAUUGAUUAAGGUUUAAAAUCCUGCAAAUAAAUGAAGAGUUUUGGUUAUAGAUUUUUUUUAAUAAUCACAGUAACUUUAGAUAUGCCAAGCUUU